UAAGUUGAGACCUGAGCACACCGCACCCUUGUCUUUUGGCUCGACGAAAGGCUUCGCACAAUGGCAUCACCAGAAGGAAAACCACAUGGUUUGGUCAAGGCUGUGGAGACCCUCAGCAAAGGACAUGAUGUACGCAAAGAAACCGAGCUUCUCAUGAAACCAUACGCCAACUGGGAAGAGUUUCUCAUGCCAGCACCCAUCUCCAUUGCUAUCUUGGGGGAGCUGAUCUUCAUCUCAACAGGGCAGGGCGACUUCUCCAUCAACCUGCUUCCACCAGAGGGAGGCUUCCAGCACCUUAAGUACCCAGAAUCCUUCAAGGCUUCUUUGUGCCAAGUGAGCAAUCGAGGUUGGACCGCCUUCAACGAGGCUCACGUCAACAUGGACCAAAUCAGGCUGCUCGCAAACGGCAUUCCGGAACAGAUGAAAACAAUUGUGCGGACUCUCAUCCAGGAGGCCGAGGUGGUCACCGCCUUGCUUCCUAACCAGCUGAGGAACCUCCAGACAGCGACAGAGCAGUGCGGUGGGCUGGCCAAGGCAGUGAGGGCCAAGUUCACCGAUGUGAUCAACCUCAUCCAGGAACUCCUCGAGGCUUGUCUCAACGCCAAGCAGGGCUACGAGAAGGAGCUGGAGGAAGUGCAGACGGCUCUGGAACAAGCCAAGAUCAGAGAAAAGUCGGCCAAGGAGGCCAAGGAGAUGGCUGAAAGGUACCACCACCAGAUGAGGGAGCAUGUGGAAGAGUCCUUCCAACAGUACAAGAAAGCCAUGGAAUCCAUCCCCACUGGCUGGGAUGCAGUGGGAAUGGAGCUGGUCACCACCCUCACUCAGACCCUUAGUGCUUUUUCAGUUGAGUUUACACGGAUGGCAGCAGGGAGGCAGGGGAGUGUGGGAGAAGCAGCUGGCAUGGGCAGUGGGGAGGGACUGGCCAGGAUGUUUCCAUUUAUAUCAGCUAGUGUCAUCUGCUCCAAGUCUGCUGAGCUGUUAACGUUUGCUACCAGCUUGAAGAACGUCUUGGAUGAACAUGGAGGCCUUAAGGCAUCUAUGAUUGUUGAUGAGAAGAGUGGGGAGGUCAAAACAGAGUGGGUGAAGAAGAACCUACAGAGGCUGAGAGACUCCAUUGAGAAAGAGGAAGGGUGCGACCCCAAAGUCAAAGCCCAGGAGAUUUGCCAAGGUGGGUUGGAUAUUUGCCAACAGUUGGAGAAGGUGGCCUCAGCGGUGGGUGGCAUUGGUUCUGUGGGGAAGAGCUUGCUGGAUGGGAUACACCAACUCCACAAGAAGGCCUUGGAGUUCGACUCCUAUAGCAAGGCCUACACUCGGUCUCCGGCCUUUUCCCCCAAACCACCUAACGUGUCCAAGAUGGGGGAAGCAGCAAGCUCAGGGGUGGAAAGCGCCCGUCUGAAAGUACAGCAGAGCCGGGAGACGCUGAAGGCCACGAGGGAGGAGUAUCAGAGGAGCUUUGAAAACUUCAAGAAGCAGAACGAGGAAUUGGCAGAGAUUCUCUGCACCAUGAGAGGCUAUCAAGUUAAGGAGGUGGACUUUGACACGGCCAGAAAAAUGCUCAUCAAGGGCCUGGAAGCCCUGGGGAGGGUGAAGGAGCAAUGGGAGAAGAUGGUGAGGUUUUUCCAAAUGAUCUCCAACUUAAUUGAUUCCUGCUUGGUCUGGAGCGUGAAAGAAUUUUCCGACACUGUGGAUGGAGCCCAGAAGAUCUCCAGCUACUCAUCCAAAGCCUUCGCAGCUGACCUGGUUUACGGGCAUGUUUUUAAUGCCUCAAGCAUGGCCCAGCUGGUAGCCAUGAUUUCCGAGACUUACACCCUGGUGUCGGAGAAGUACCUCAUGGAGCGUGUGAGCAGCUUAGGCCGCCUCCUCGCCAUGGAAGCUGACCAACCGAGCCUGGCUGCUGAGCGAGCUGCAUUAGCUGAAGGCUGCGACGCGGCACGGAAAGCGGUGAAGGAGCUGGUGCUGGAGAAGAAGGCAGAGUUCGAGAGAGGGCUGGAGGCCAGAGCACAGGCCAUCGAAAGGGAGAUCAGAGCUGUGCUGCCUGCAAACGGGGAUGCUGAGCCGCACCUGAGAGAGCUCAGCCUGGAGGAGGAAAGCAAGUUUCUGUAAGUCCUGGAGAAAGGGCUCCAAACCGUGGGUGGGUGUUGUCUGAGAAGGCCUUAGGAGGCAGGGCUGCAACCAAGAGACUGCUGGUGAUUAACUCACAGGUCAAAGGUCCCACUUCACCACUGCUGCAAACAUGAAACAGAAAUACCUUCGUUCUGUAUGUUCAUUAAAGGGACAAUAA